AUGAGCUUAUGUAGAUUCGCUCAUUACCAGGAAAGAUCCACCAGUGAUUCAGUCGACUUGCCCAAAAUGAACAAACUUAUCUUGUUAGCGCUUGUUGUCGUAGCAUUGGAAUGUGCAUCUGCCUAUAAGAAUCCAUACAGACGGCGAUACUUGCCUAGAUCAAAACUUGGUUUAAGAUAUUCUAAAAAGUUGCCAGUAAAGUAUGUGCCAAUUGUAAAGCAUGUCCCAGUCUAUAAAACUGUUCCAAAAUAUAUUCCAAGAUAUAUCCGAGUUCCAGUUAUACAAAAGAUCAAGGUACCUCACACAGUUAUCAAAAAAGUACCCGUUUACAAUACCAUCGUGAAGUACGUACCUAAAGCAGUUAAGGUUUACGUGCCAAAGGAGAAAAUCGUAGAGGUUCCAGUACAUCACCACACAGAAAAAGUUAUUGAAGUACCAGUUCCAGGACCAGCAAUUCACCAUAAACCAGAUGUUAUUGUUGCUGGCGGUGACAACAUCCAGAUUGGAGGCGGCAACGAUUUUGGCUUUGACGGAGCAUGGGGUAACGAUUUCCAGUUUAACGGUGGAGUCGGUAAGAUAUUGUUGCGCACAGACGCACUGCGCAUUAUCAUUAUUAACAUCGGUCAGACAAGUUUGUUGUGA